GGCGCAUAGCAUAAUAAACAACUGUCUCUUGUAGAUGGGGCCUACAUGCUAAAAGAAGGCCUUUAUGAAGCAAUGGAAACAGAUGAAAAGACAAACCAUGGAGUGCCCAGUCUACCCGGUCAACCAAAAGAGACGUCGUGGGGACAGAGGCUUUGCGGCAAGAUCUAUUUAGCCCUGGUGAUUCCACUGUGUGCACUUGUCCGGUCAAUUGUCAGUGAUGUAAUCUACAUAGUGUUAAUGUUAUUGGAGGUCUACAUUUCCUUAAGAUUAUUAGGAACCUUUGGGUUACUUUAUAAAGGGGAAUCUCUUUUGCUUGGAUUAAUUUACAGUGCAUGUUGUGCUAAUAUAGUUGUUUGGAUAAACGAACGCGUGCUUGGUGAGUUCGUGAAAUGGUGUCUGAAACAAGAAACCUAUUUCCACAGAAUCUUCACUAGCAUGGACUGCUCGGCACACAGACAGUACACAGGUGAACGUUUGAAAUGUGGAAACCCCGCAGGAUGUCGUGAUUAUGACUUGAUACUAGGCCUGGAAAAGAAGAUAAAGAAUAAAUCUAUGGUUCAACUCGAUGACGUCAUUCAGCGUUACGCCUGGCAAAAACUCCUAAAAUUUUCUAACUUGAGAGGAGAAGCCUGGAGAUAGCGCGUUAGAAGCAGUAACGGGACACAUCAUUAUGCAUUUUCGGCCAAAAAAAACAGUUCUCGAAUUAUUGCCAUCGUCUUCUUGACCCCUGGAUGAGCAGACAUCGGGUUGUCACGGGCCAAUUUCAGGAUUUCCUGCCGAUAUGGUGGAGGUACACACAGUUGGUUUUUCUCCAACCAUGGUUCGGCAGGGGUGGCAGUAGAUGGUCAAAAGCGACGGAAGACCAGGUCAUUUGCGGUGAAAUACUCGUCAUCGUCGGACGAGAGAGACCACCGAUUGGAGUUCUGAAUCUUCUUUGUGUGCAUUCACUUUGUCGUCAUGUGAUAUUUUCAGGGGUAACUCCAUGAAUGGAGCUUCUGCUGGCAAUGUACUAGUUCUAAACUUUUGUAAAGUUAAUCAACGUAAUCUGU